UGAUGGGGCGGCUGCGCCUAUCAUCGACUUUAAUCGUGCACGUCGCGUCAAGAUUCGCCUGAAGCAUCGCUCUCUCCUUGUAAUCGAGUAGACCAGCCGUCUAUCGUCGAAGCCAGGAAAAAUGGUCGAUCUAGGGGGAUAUAUUAUCAUAUUGAUCAACCACAAUGACAAGAUCAAACUGUACGGUUCCCCGGCCGACAACGCGGACACGUUGGAAGUGGCCGACGAAAUUCUACAAGUCAACGGCAGUACGCUGGAAAAUGCCAGUCAAUCAGAAGUCAUUCAGUAUAUAUAUCAGUGUAUCGAGUCACGGACGAUAUGUCUGCGAGUGCGGAGAAGGAGUGGAAACAAAAUGGUAGAGCUGGACGGGUUCAACGCUGGUCGGGUGCGAGAAGCUUGGGUCAUCGCCGUCGAAAGGCGUGCAAAGGAACGAUUGCAGCGGCUGGCGUCUCACUGGAGGAUUCAGCCGCGCGACAUUCAAGCGAUUCUGCACCAGCAGAUCAACGAGGCAGUCGCGUCCACGAGCGGGGACAGCGCAGGCAAAAAUGUGACCGGCAACCAAAUUACCGUGACGCUUGCCGACAAGGAACCAACCACGAAUGCCUUCACCCCUAAACUCAGCAACGGUACCAUACCUAAGGGCAUAGCGAAAGACACGAAGGACACGAGGGAAGGGAAGGACGCCGAGAAGCAACAGGCCUGUCCAGAGGAAACGAAACUCUUAGUGAGUGGAAUUUGUGUUCGUUUUGAAACUAACGGGAAACACGAGACUGCGCGUCUCAAAUUCUUUAGAAAAAGAAAAAAAGAAAAAAGGAGGAGGAGGAGCGAGUUUGAACUCAUUUCACUUACGAAUACGAACGAAAGAUAACAACGGCGAAUAACUUGUAAAUAACAAGCAGCCGAAACAGACCGAACUUUUUUAGCGAAUGAAAGUAAACACGCGUUUCCUCGACGAUUUUGUCAGAAGCAGGGAAAAC